UUAUGAACUGCAAAGCGUGUGUGGAAGUUUCGAAAAAGGAUUCGGAUUCGAAUGCGGCGAGGUAACUAGCCGCCGUGCGGAUAAACGCGAGUUAACCUGAAAAUGGCCGAAUCGUGUGAGUCAGUGGUGUCAAGUAUAGUGACUAGUGUUGUGUCCCAUGGACAAAUAAAAGUGCCUGAAACACCAUGCCAGGAGGACGCGAAGACAUCCGGUUCCCCCGCGGAGGAGGCAACGAAGUCACAGACGAGCGACGAGAGCCCUCAACAAGAGGAAACCACGACUCAGAGCAAUGGUGAUACCGCGAAAAAACAAAAUGGGGCGGCAUUGCGAACGAACAGUUUGGGCUCUGGGGCGCGGACACCACCCCUCGAGAGGAAAAGCAAGUUUUCAGCCCUCGGUAGACUCUUCAAACCCUGGAAAUGGAAACGGAAAAAGAAAUCGGAUAAAUUCGAGGCUGCCUCAUUGUCGCUCGAGAGGAAAAUCUCUGUACGAGCAAGCAGAGACGAGCUGGUACAGAAAGGAAUCCUGUUGCCCGUCAUAAGGUCCACGUCGUUUCCGGAAAAUGGUGAGUUCCCUCGUAUCACUCUUUAUGGAAAACUUUCUGCAAUAUGA